UUGCCAAUAGAGUUUGAAACAGCAGAGACACUCCUGAACUCCGAGGUUCAUAUGCUUCUGGAGCAUCGAAAGCAGCAAAACGAGAGUGCGGAGGAUGAACAGGAGCUCUCGGAGGUCUUCAUGAAAACGCUAAGCUACACGGCUCGUUUCAGUCGCUUCAAAAACAGAGAGACCAUCGCCAGUGUCCGUAGCCUGCUGCUCCAGAAAAAACUUCAUAAGUUUGAGUUGGCCUGUUUGGCCAACCUUUGCCCAGAGACUGCUGAGGAGUCCAAAGCUCUGAUCCCAAGCCUGGAGGGGCGCUUCGAAGACGAGGAGCUGCAGCAGAUUCUCGAUGACAUCCAGACAAAGCGCAGCUUCCAGUAUUAAUCUCUAGACAUCACUCUGAUGCUUGAGGAAACCACACCCCCUGCACAGCACUGCCUUCCCAGCGUCUGGGGCUGACUUUCCCAGAAAUUUGACUGCAGAAGACAGUUGGGGUUUCUUUGGCGAGACCAGCCCAACAUGGUGUUGGGUUAGGUUGCUGUUUCCAGCGCCUGUGAAACCAAGAUGACAAAGCCAUCCUGGAGUGGCCGCCUGUGCCUUCCUGAGCACCUCCAGGAAGGGUGAGGUGGGGGACGCAGAAGCUAUGCUGUUGACUGCCUCAUCUCAUGGUGGCCGGCCCCCACACCCUCUGUGCUCUUGCUCUUUGGCAUUUCGAUUUCCAGAGCCUGGUAAACUGGUAUAGGGAAGGAACAGUCUUACUUAGAUGCCAAAAGGAUUAAACUGGUGUCACUGUUUGAAAUUCUUAAAGAAA